AUUACUUUUUUAUUGUGUGUAUUCAUCCAGUCCUCUACAUGGAUGAAAAAUCUCAUUAUCAUUUGAGGUAGGGUUUAUGAGAAAAGUGUUGUAGAAGCACACAGACGUGCGUACUCAGUUUUGGUUGCUUCUUCUUGCUGAAUUUCGAAAUUUCAAUGUACACUCCUUGUUGCAAGAUUUGAGGGCAUUUUUUGUUAGUUGUGUUGCUCUUGUUGUGUACUAUCUAUAGUGAAAGUUGAUUUGUCAAUUGUAUCUCUAUGCCUCGGUUGUGUGAAUCAUUGAAGCACCCAGCAUUGGUGCAGCUUAGGAGUGGUAUUUCUACAAGAAAACUUGCAGACUCACUUGGAAUGAGUCAGUCUUCAGUAGCUCAUCUAAGGAGGGAGAUUAGUGGUGAAAUAAAAAAGCAAAGAGGAGGACGUCCAAAGGUUUUAGGAGAGCAAGAGAAGCGACUUGGUGUGCACCUUGUCACUGCUGGUUGUCUCAAAACGGCAAGUGCAGCUGCAAAACAACUUCGAGAAAAAACAGUGUUCAGUUUUGGCUCUCUUCACAGCCAUUUCAGCUCCUUCGAUGGCCAACUCAAUCUCCAGAUUUGAAUCCAAUGGAACAUUUUUGGGCCCUUCUCAAACAGUGUUUAAGCCAAGUCACUCCAAGGCCAAGAGGUGUUCAAGAAUUGUGGGAAAAUGUUUGUAGUAUUUACCCUAGUUUUGAUGCAAAAGAUUGUAAGAAACUAUACAAAAGUAUGCCAAGAAGGAUUUCAGCUGUUUUGGAAGCAAAAGG